AUGGUUCUACUAGCCGCAUCGAUCUGCACCAAAACAGGCAAACCACUUGUCUCACGGCAGUUCGUGGAAAUGACUCGAUCACGUAUCGAAGGUUUACUUGCUGCAUUUCCUAAGCUAAUUGGUACCGGUAAACAACAUACGUUCGUCGAAACCGAUACUGUCCGAUAUGUUUAUCAACCAUUCGAUAAACUCUAUAUGGUUUUAUUGACAACUAAAGCCAGUAAUAUUUUAGAAGAUCUCGAAACGUUAAGACUUUUUUCUCGUGUGGUAAUUGUUGAUCAACUACAUUUGAUUUGGAAUUUGAUUAUUUCUUGUAUUUAUAAGAUUCCUGAAUAUUGCAAAUCAGUCGAUGAAAAAGAAGUCUUUGCACAUGCAUUCGAAUUAUUAUCGGCAUUUGAUGAAAUUGUUGCACUAGGCUACAAAGAAAGUGUGAAUCUAGGACAGAUUCGUACAUAUACGGAUAUGGAUUCUCAUGAUGAACGUGUUUAUGACGCAAUGAGAUUGUGUCAAGAACGUGAAGCGAAAGAUCGAAUGAAGCAGAAAGCAAAAGAAUUGGAUUUGCAAAAACGUUCACAACGUUCUGGUGGAUCAAAAUCAUUCGGAAGUUCUACAGGUAUUUCUUCAAAUAUGUAUAGCAGUUCAUCAGCAGACAAUAAGCCUGAUGUAACACCAACACCUGUAACAUAUCCAUCGGAAACACCGUCUUCAAGUAUUCGUCCAAGUACAUCGGGCAAAGCAAUGAAAUUGGGUACUAAAGGGAAAAAUGUCGAUACGUUUGUCGAUCAAUUGAAAUCUGAAGGUGAAAUUGUGGCAAAUACAAUUCCAGUGGCAUCAGGUGCGGGUGGUGCAACUGGUAAAAUUAAAACACAAAGUAUUUCUCUUUCUGAAGCUCAGAAGGGAGAUGUUCAUUUGAAACAAGAAGAAAAACUGACGGUUAGUUGUACACGUGAUGGUGGUGUGGAAAAUCUCGAGGUUCAUGGUAUGAUUAUGUUACGUGUUAAAUCCGAGGAGUACGGACGCAUUGUUGUUGCUGUUAAUAACAAAGAGUCUCGAAAUGUUCAAUUACAAACUCAUCCAAACGUUGACAAGAAACUCUUUACUAACGAAUCGCUAAUCGGCCUGAAAAACGCCGAUAGACCAUUUCCAGCUAAUCAAGAAGUUGGCGUAUUAAAAUGGCGAUAUACAUCCACGGAUUCAAAAGACCUUCCUCUUACACUUAAUUGUUGGCCGAAUGAAACACCUAAUGGUGGUUGUGACGUGAACAUUGAAUAUGAGCUACAACAACCAAAUCUGAUUCUAAAGGAUGUUCAAAUCAGUGUUCCGUUACCGAGUGGUGGACAAACACCAUCGAUUGGUAAAAUUGAUGGUGAUUAUCAAUUUGAUAGUCGAAAAACUGUAUUAAACUGGUCUUUACCGGUUAUCGAUGAGACGAAUUCGGAAGGUUCCUUGGAAUUCUCCAUUCGAGGCAAAACUGCUGAUUUCUUUCCAAUUCAAGUAGAUUUUGUUGCCGAAACACCCUUUUGUGAUAUUAAAAUUGCUGAUGUGAAAACUGCUGAUAAAAACAAAUCUGUGUCAUAUUCUCACGAAACGAAUCUUAUUGUCGAUAAAUACGAAUAUGUCUAA